UAGUUAUAUAUGUUAGUAUUGUUAAUAUUUAGUUAUAUAUAUAUAUUAGUAUUGUUAAUAUUUAGUUAUAUAUGUUAAACCGAAUUGAAGGAGCAUCUCGCACAUAUAGGGAAGAAUGUCAAUAUGUUUCGAUGUUUUAUUGUUUUAUGUUAGUAUGUCAUUUGUUACAAGUAAUAUGUUUUCAUUAUACUCUCGUUACAUGAUAUUAUGUCUUGUUCUUGUUUAUAUGAGACAUGUUAGACCUAGUCUGGGAGCACAGAGAGAAGGUUGACACAUGUUUCAAGUGUAAGGGCCUGUUUGGUUUGUGGCUAAAUGUGCCCCACUUUGCCUAAGGUUAGUCGUUCGAAUUGAAUAACUAACCUUAGGCAGAAAAGUUAGGCAAAGUGUGGCAACUGAGGUAGUGAACCAAACAUGCCUUAAGUAUUACAGUGAAACAAAGAGCGGAGGGGGUAGUACCCUAUUGAAGGAGCAUAUCGCACAUAGACGGAAUGAGCACAUAUUAGGAUCCUUCCCAAAUGACUAAGUGCUACGACUCGAGCUUAAUACGUGAGUAUUGUGAAACAUGUCGAUCUAUGUGUCGUGGGAGAACUUUAAAAGAACUUGUAUUUUAGUAUUAUGAAGUUUGAUGAUUGUUUGUUACAUGAGAAUUGAAAUUUGUGGUUGUAAUGUAUGCUGCAUGUUAUUUUAGUGAACAUAAGUUGUAUGAAUCGAGCAAAUUAUAAGUGAAUCCUGUCACUUUUGAUCGAUUUUGCCAGUUUUCAUCGAUUUACCCGUGGAUAGCGGUUUUUUUUUACCCAAAACGGUUUGAUAAUCGUUGGUCGAGCAACGUUCGUGCCAAUCGAAACCGAGAUCGCCAGGCCCAUGACACAGUACGACGGUGGCUGCGCGGUUGGUCAGUGAGUCACGGCCAAAGCAAGCACGCCUCUCAGACACGAAACUGCAGUGUGUAACUUAUCUCCUGGACCGCCCGACCGCCGCCAAUUCAGCUCGGCGAUUCGUUUCGGUGCCGCCGCAGUCGAGCGGAGCGGAGCCAACCUCCUGCAGUGCCAGGCGCGUCCGGGGCCGAGGGGCGACGGCCAACCGAACGGGAGAGUGUCAAGUCAAGUGGGCGGAUUGCGGGAAGGAAGGAAAACCUCCCGCGCGACUCGCGCCUCCGCCCUCCUCGUCCUCGUCCUCGUCCUCCAUUCCAACCCCUGCGUUUCGGAUUCUGUUGCGCCCUCUCCAGAGCCUCGGCGAGCGGUGGAAACUCUAGGUGGCGGCGACGGCGAUGGCGUCGGCGAGCAGGGGCACCGGGGUGGCGCCGGCGGGCGAGCCCGGCAGCCCGAGGGCGUGGGGCGGCGAGGACGAGGCGUGCAGGGCGAGGAAAGUGAAGCUGAUGUGCAGCUACGGGGGCCGGAUCGCGCCGAGACCCGGGGACGGGGCGCUGCGGUACGUGGGCGGCCAGACGCGGCUCAUCUCCGCCCCGCGCGCCGCCUCCUUCGCGGACCUGCUGCGGAAGGUGGAGGCGGUGGACGAGGCCUCGGCCUCCUCUGGCGGCGGGGUGGUCCUCAGGUACCAGCUCCCCGGGGAUGACCUCGACUCGCUCAUCUCCGUGUCCGGCCCGGAGGACUACGACAACAUGAUGGAGGAGUACGAGAAGCUGGCCGCCGCGGCGCCCGACGGCUCCGCCAAGCUCCGGGUCUUCCUCUUCCCGGCCUCCGGGGCCGACGCGGGGCCCCAUCUCGCCGCCGUGGUGGACGAGUCCGGGCAGCGGUACAUCGACGCCAUCAACUGCGUCUCCACGGAGGCCAUUGCCACGGCCACGGCCAUGCGGCGGAAGGACGGCGUCGCCAGCGCCGGCUCCUCCGCGCACAACUCCGAGGCGGCCGAGUACAGCGGUCUAGUCGAAAGUACGUCGCCGCGGGCGGUGCCGCCGCCUGCUUCCGUUGCGACUGAGUAUUCGUAUUCAGGUGGAGCGCAUUACCUCCGUGCUUUCCCGGAGUCGGUUGGGCUCACUGCAGUCUCGGCGUCACCUCUGGCGAUGGGCAUCCCGGCUCAAAACCCCAUCCUGGUUAGGACAGAGCAGUCGACGUUGCCGCCUCAUCAGGUUGCUGCUGUUUAUGCAGCAGCAACACAGCAUCAGCCGCCUCAAGUGACCACUUAUGUGCAGGAGCAGCAGCAGCAGCAGCCUCAAGGCACCCAUUACGUACCACAACAGCAGCCUCAGUCUGCUGCUUAUGUGCAGCAGAUGCCGCAGUCGUAUAUAGAGCCGCAGCAGGUACACUACAUCAACGCCCAACAAUUUGGUGUGCAUGGGGUGCCACAAUCUGUCAACUAUGUGCCUGUGCAAAUGAGCCAAUUCAUGCCCAACAUUCCUGUGACGGGCUCUAUGGCGACCACUGCUGCUCAAGUGGGAAAGUUGAAGCCCGCUUCCGCAGGUGUAGAACCUGUUCCAGAGACCACGCAGUUCACAAGGCCAGUGCAAGCUCAGGUUGAUCAGAGUUACCGGGUGGUGCACACUCCACUGUCACAGCUUCCUCCUUUGUCUUCUGUGCAUCUGCAGACAAAUGAUGCGCAGAGGCAGAAAUUUGGUGCCCAACAAGCGAUGACAAGCGCAGUAAGCAUGCCAGUGGUGACCAGCUCAGGCACAAUUCCUGUUGUGGUUAGCUCGGCCACUGUUCCAUCAUUGAGGUAUGAUGGUUGCACAAUGUGCCAAAAAGCAUUGCCACAUGCCCAUUCGGAUAAUACUAUCCGGGAGCAGGGAAGUUCUUGUGCAAUGGGCAACCUUGAGGCAGCUCCAAUGUUUUACAGCCCACAUCAAGGCACCGCAUCCAACAAAUCUAAUCCAGGUGCAAGUUCAGGAACACUCACGAACUAUGUGGCAGAACCAAGAGCUGGGAACACAGCAGUGAUGGCACAAUUUGAUUCGACUCUUCCUGCCAGAAAACCUGCAGUCCAGGCGACUGCAUAUGCGGAUACAGUUGUGCCGGUUCAACCCACCAUUAUUGCUUUCCCAGUGUCUAGUGCACCUGCUCCAAAAGGAGUAUUUGUGGGUCAUUCUCCUUCGGCUGGGGCUGAAGAUCAUGUCAGGUACCAGCAGCAACCAUUCUCUUAUAGCAUGCAACCGCCGCUAGUUCCAGUGAAUGUCCCACAAGGCAUUGGUGCCAGUGCAUACAAAGAUUCAAAUCAUGCAGCAGUGGAACCGCUUAGAGAAUAUGCCCGUGAUCUUCCUCAUGACUAUGCUAGAGCUAUUGAUGCUCGUAUGCAUGCAGUUCAUUUGGGUCCUAUUGCACCACCAGAAUCUAGUGUGCAAGGAAAUCCUUCUAUUCCUCAUGUUGUCAUUGAUCAUGCCAAAGUUGGGAAGCCACCUGUAAAUAAUGAUGUUACUUCUUUCUGCAAAUCUCAAGCUGGAGGGUAUCAUAUGGGGAUCACAAAUGCCUUUACUGCUCCUGUUUUAACCCAAGAGGACAACAUUGCCAGGCACAGUGAGCAGCCACCUUGUGAUUUUGAUGUUGGUGCACAAAAUGUCCAACCUGACAUAAUCCAGCGACCACCACUCAAUCUGCCUGUCCAGAGCAACCUUAGAGUUCCGAUUGAACCACCUGUUUCUAAUGAAAAGUUCACCGUUCAACCAUCUAACUCUGGUGCUCAGCUUCCUGCUGGGCCUCCUCUACAGCAUCCUAAGGAAAUGCCCAAUCACUUGGUUUGUGCUCUCCCCAAUCGUAGCAGUAAAUUUCAAUUGCAGGCUACUGUUGGAAUUGAUCGUGUUGAAGCUACACAAGAACCAGCAUACACUGAUUCACUUUUCUCAAAUCAGGAUCCUUGGAAAGCAGUGGGCAAUGCUUCUUUAGUGCCUCCAAGACCAAGCAAGUUAACUAAGGAACCUGUUGUUUCUGGAGGUCAAUAUGCUGAUGGUCAUAUGCCUGAUAUGAACACACAUGCUGCCUUACUCUUUGAAGAAGACCCAAGUUUAAAGGAUAUCCACACAGUUAAAUUGAACAAAGGAUUUGGGAAAGCUAAUAUUAAGCGACAAUUACAAGAUGUUGCUGAAGGGGUAGCAGCAUCAGUUCUUCAGCCAUCCUUUCCUGAAAAACCAGCUGCAUUCUCUGGGGAUCACAUCGAUUCACAUGGAGCAGUAAUUGAUGUGAAAGUUCAGGGUGAAGGGAAUAAUCAGUCAGACAAAACAAGCCAGGGGAUUCAAGUUUUAGAUGACAUCGAUAAACUUCAGAUAAUAAAGAACAGUGACCUUGAGGAAUUGCGUGAACUGGGUUCUGGAACCAUUGGUACUGUGUACCAUGGAAAGUGGAGAGGCUCAGAUGUUGCUAUAAAGAGAAUCAACGAGCGAUGUUUUGCUGGGAAGGCAUCUGAGCAAGAGCGUAUGAGGACUGAUUUCUGGAAUGAGGCAGACAAGCUUGCAUCUUUGCACCAUCCAAACGUAGUAGCAUUGUACGGUGUUGUUCUAGAUGGACCUGGUGGAUCUGUUGCAACGGUAACGGAGUACAUGGCUAAUGGCUCACUCCGACAAGCAUUGCAAAGACAUGAAAACAGGAUCUUUGAUCGGCGUAGACGUCUAUUAAUUGCAAUGGAUGUUGCUUUUGGAAUGGAAUAUCUCCAUGGGAAGAAUAUAGUGCAUUUCGACUUGAACAGUGACAAUCUGCUUGUCAACCUAAGGUAUCCUCAACGACCAAUAUGCAAGGUUGGUGAUUUGGGAUUAUCAAAGGUCAAAUGCCAGACACUUAUCUCUGGUGGAGUGAGAGGAACACUACCUUGGAUGGCCCCUGAGUUGUUGAAUGGCAGCAGCAGCCUCGUCUCUGAAAAGGUUGACGUUUUCUCGUUUGGCAUCGUGAUGUGGGAGCUACUCACGGGUGAAGAGCCUUACGCCGAACUGCACUACGGUGCCAUUAUAGGUGGGAUCGUGAAUAACACGCUGCGACCUCCGGUGCCCGAGUCCUGUGACCCCCAGUGGAGGUCACUGAUGGAGCAGUGCUGGUCAGCCGAACCCUCGGCGAGGCCGAGCUUCACCGAGGUAGGCACGAAUCUGCGCGCCAUGGCGGCCGCUCCUACCAAGGCACAACAAUCGAAAUAGACGGUUUUAGCCUUCUGCCUCCUGCGCCACCUUCUUUUUAGCAGGCUGUUUCAGUCUUCAAACCGAGGAGGUGCCGUCCCUAGCCUAGCCUGGCUUUUUUUUUUUGUACAUGAAUAAGUUGAAGAAAGAUAGGAGAAUGUCGUGGCAUGCUUAUAGAGUCGAUGGAUGGUUGAUGCUUCCUGUCUUGCUUUUGGAACGAAUCGUGGAAAUAUAUAGUACAACGUAGUGUAAAGAUUGA